AUGAACCAAGCUCUCUUUGGAGCUCGUUCAUUUAUGGUAUACACAAUCUUGAAAGAAAACCAUGGUAGUAUUUCUCGAAAAAUAACCUUAUCGGGUGUGUGGAAAAACAUCUCCAAAGUUGUUAACGAUCUUGCUGGGAUGAAUAUUAAUGUUGAUGAUAUCUUCCAACAACAUGUAUUCUUGGAGAACAAAACGUUGCUAUGGAAAGACAAGUGGAUUGCCCACAACACACUUAAUGAACUGUUUCCAAACUUAUACGCUUUAGAAUCCCGGAAAACUUAUUUCAUUUCUGAAAGGAGAGAGGGCAAGGAACAUGAUAAAUUCCGACGCAAGCUCAAUCCAGACGGUGAGUACACAGUGAAUGCCCUACAGAGACUUGUUGAUUCAAAAAACACGAACAUAGGAGGCGAGCCUUUUAUAUGGCUACAAAUUGUCCCGAAAAAAGUAUCCAACUUUGUAUGGAGGGUGAAGCAAGGGAAGAUUUUGGUAGCAGCUGAACUGUCAAAGCGAGGUGUUCAAACUGACUCACGUAUCUGUAAACUUUGUAAUACAGGUGAAGAAUCGACAGAUCAUCUGCUUACAAGUUGCACUUUUGCUUCAGAAGUCAUUAAAAGAACUCUCAACUGGUGCGAAAUUCGUCAGGUGCAAUUUACAAAGGUGAAGGAAUUGCUUGAUUUUGGUGCCCGAUGGGGAAAUUGCCCCAAAAAAUGCAAACGACUAUUAGCCAUUCUAUAUGGGCUUAUCUGGCGAAUUUGGAAGGCUAGGAAUAACAUAAUCUUCAAUAACAUGGUUCAAUCCCCUACAUCGUUAGUUGAUGAUGUCAUCGCAUUGGUUUUCUCUUGGCAUAAAUUUCGGGGGUCAUGUUACUUAUGUAAAUGGUUUGAGUGGUGUUGCUCUCCUUUCUUAUGUUGUAACUUGUAA